CCAAGAAUUUCCUGUAACGCGCUUUCUCUUUCUUGCAGUAGUUGUGGUGCGAGACUGCGAGUAGGCCGUCCCUUGCUCUCGUCGGCGUUACUGAAAGCUCUCACCUUCUCUUUCAUUGAAACUCGAUCCUCGUGGCCGGCGCCUUUGAUCUCCGAUGGGCACGCCGGCGUUCCCCAAUCUCGGAAAGCAUUGCAGUGUCGAAGACUGCAAGCUCAUUGACUUCCUGCCCUUCACCUGCGACCGUUGCGAUAAAGUAUUCUGUCUGCAACACAGAAGUUAUGCCAAACACACAUGUCCGAACGCUAACCAAACGGACGUAACUGUGCUCAUCUGUCCACUUUGUGCUCAAUCGGUCCGUCUUGUUCCAAAUGAAGAUCCAAACAUCACUUGGGAUCUUCAUGUAAAUGGCAACUGUGACCCAUCAAAUUAUCAGAAAACAACCAAGAAGAAACGGUGUCCUGUUCCUGGAUGCAAAGAAAUAUUAGUUUUUUCAAACACGAUUCGAUGCAAGGACUGCACCCAAGAGCACUGCCUGCGACAUAGAUUUGGCCCCGACCACAACUGCGUUGGACCAAGAAAACCUGAUACUGGCCUUCUGUUCUUAGGUGGUUUGAGGAGGAACCAGAAUGGUAAUUCUAAGCCAAAUCCAACCUCAAAUGGCUCCUCAAAAUGGAGUUCAAGCAUACUCAAUGCUGCAUCAAGCAUUAGGGCCUCUGCUGAAGCUGGCAUGCAGAGACUGGGCAUCGCGACUAACGAAGCUCUGCGGAAGGCAAAAGAUGGAACGGGUCAGGGCAGCAGUGGUAGUGGUGAUCUUGUUGAACGGUGCAUUCGAUGUGAAGCAAGAUUCACCAAUGUUGCUGCUCUGAUUGAGCAUGUAGAGAAGGCACAUCCCAGUAGAGUAAUAGUUGAUGUUUGCCCCAGGUGUAGCAAAGCGUUUAGGGACCCAGUAUUGUUGGUUGAGCAUGUUGAGAAGGAUCAUGGAGGAUUUUCAAAAUCUUGAUGCUUAAUUAUUCAACUGAAACUUGGUUGUCCGCUGCCACUGGCCAUGCAGCUUUCAUUGUUUUUUUCUGUAGAAUAAUAUUCUUUAUUUAUCAAAGAGCGUUCUUUCCAACCAGAUGCAGGUUCUCUUCCUUUCUCCAUAAUAUUAUCAUGUCUGGUCGGAUAGUGGUGCAACAUAGUCUGUUUGGUGUUCAUUUAUAGCACAAUUUUUGUUUAUAUUAUUUGAAAUGAUUUUCAUUUAUAUUGGAUCUCUCCAUGAAUGAGCGAUAUACAGUCAGCUGCCCAUUAUUAGUUUUGGUGUCACUUCCAUUGGGCCUGCCCUCUUCAGUUUAUGAUUUGGGGAGAAGGCAUGCAUGACCAAAGGUGCAUUUGGGGCGGCAACUGCUUUUUCAAGAAGUUUUUGUGAGGCAGCUUCCUCGAGAAGCAACUUUUUAGCUGUUAAAAAGUUGCUAAUGAAGAGGCAUGUGUUUGGUUGGGAGAUCUGUUGUACUGCUACUGUUUUUGAUGAGAAAGAUUGUU